AUGCACGAAGCGAUGGGGCACUGCAAGGCGCUCGCACACCCAAACUGGUUCGCCACGACAAUAGCAGCACUACUCGUUGUCGGCAUCCUAGGCUCUUACAUACCACAGUUCAUCAAGAUCUGGCAGAAACGGAGCUCCGCCGGUCUAUCACCAUACUGGAUCUUACUGGGCGGCCUCAGCAGCAUCUGCGCCUUUGGAAACAUCAUCAGCCUUCCCGCUAGUCGCGAGGACAUCAGCUGCUGCAAAGAGAUCAAUGGCGUUGCCUGCGCUGCUGCGCUGUUGGGCGUGGCACAACUGGUUGUACAGUGCACCUGUUUCAUGAUAAUCGUCAUCUUGUUCGUCGUCUACUUUCCGACCAACAAUCGAGACACAGCAGCAGCCACCGAAACCGAACACCCACACGAGCCUCCAGCAAACGAGAAACACCGCCUUGUCGUUAUGCUCACCAUCCCCAGCGCCAUCUUCACGGUCCUAUUCGUCACCAUCGUCAUCACGAAUGCCUUCCACAAAUACGACCAAUUCUGGGCAGAUCUGCUGGGUACAAUAGCUGGGAUACUCGCUGGGAUACAAUACGUGCCGCAAAUUUUCUACACCUGGAAGUUGCAGGAUCUCAAGAGCUUGUCUGUGUUUACACUGCUAGUGCAGGCUCCCGGUGCCUUUGUCUUUGCUGCUUCCUUGGCGAAUAGGGUGGGAAUCAAGAGAGGGUGGAGCACGUGGUUGCCGUAUGUGGUCACUGGCACGCUGCAAAUUGCCCUCCUGAUCAUGGCGGCUUGGUUCAAGAAUACGGAAUUGAGAAAUCACAGCGCUUCUAAGCCAGUGGGCGAUGACAAUAGCGAGAGAGCACCACUGUUGCCUCAGCGUCAGCCGGACUCGUAG